ACGCGAUUUGCCUUCCCACACCCAUUCGUCCAUCAGUUUGCGAUCGCCAUGGCGCCCAAGGCCGAAAAGAAGCCGGCGGAGAAGAAGCCCGCGGAGAAGGCGACGGAGGAGAAGGGGAAGAAGGCGGAGAAGGCUCCCGCGGAGAAGAAGCCCAAGGCCGAGAAGCGCCUUCCCUCUAAGGAUGGUGCCGUGGCCGCCGGCGACAAGAAGAAAAAGAAGAAGGCCAAGAAGGGAACCGAGACCUACAAGAUCUACAUCUUCAAGGUGCUAAAGCAGGUGCACCCGGACAUCGGCAUCUCCAGCAAGGCCAUGUCCAUCAUGAACUCCUUCAUCAACGACAUCUUCGAGAAGCUCGCCGCCGAGGCCUCCCGCCUCGCCCGCUACAACAAGAAGCCCACCAUCACCUCCCGCGAGGUGCAGACCUCCGUUCGCUUGGUCCUCCCUGGUGAGCUCGCCAAGCAUGCUGUGUCGGAGGGGACCAAGGCGGUUACUAAGUUCACCAGUUCCUGAGUGAUCUACGAUGGGUGCUUGUUUGUUGUGAUUUGGUUCACGUUGUAAUGCAAGUAGGGUUUCUGGUGUAAUUAUAUUGGAUCUUAACUGGAAAGGAGGCUUCCUUUAGAACUAAUUUUGGUCUGCAGUUGCUAUUUAUUUUUCGAU